AUUUUAUACUGUGGGCUUUGGCGUAUUUUACCUAUUAAUAAAUUUUAUAUUCAAUAGGAUAAAAUGGAAGGUUUCGAUGAUGUAGGAACCUAUUAUAGUUCCAAUUUUGCCGAGGAUGAUACUCCAAAUGAUCAGAUUAAUUUACAGGCGGUUAAAAAGAAGUUUAAAGAUUUUAUCCGGCAAUAUCAUACAGACAACUUCAACUACAAAUAUCGGGAUACACUAAAAAGAAAUUAUAAUCUCCGCCAGUACUACUUAGAAGUGAAUGUUGAGGAUGUUGGAAGUUUUGAUGAAUACCUUGCUGAUAAAUUAUACAAGCAGCCUUCUGAACAUUUGGCACUUUUUGAGGAAGCAGCCAAAGAAGUAGCAGACGAACUUACAGCUCCUAGGCCAGAAGGUGAAGAAGAAGUAGAGGAUAUUCAAAUUAUGUUAUCCUCUGAUGCACACCCUUCAGAUCUUAGAUCUUUAAAAUCUGACGUAGUUUCUCGAUUAGUAAAAAUUCCUGGAAUUGUCAUUAGUGCAUCAGGUAUAAAAGCUAAAGCGACAAAAAUAUCAAUCCAGUGUCGUACUUGCAGUGAUGUUAUUCCUAAUUUAUCUGUUAAGCCAGGACUUGAAGGAUAUAUUUUGCCAAGAAAAUGUAAUACAGAACAAGCUGGAAGGCCAAAAUGCCCGUUGGAUCCAUUUUUCAUUAUGCCAGAUAAAUGCCACUGUGUGGAUUUCCAAGUUUUAAAAUUACAAGAACUACCACAGGGCAUUCCACAGGGAGAAAUUCCUCGACAUAUCACUUUGUACGCUGAUAGAUACUUGUGUGAGAGAGUUGUUCCUGGAAAUAGAGUGCAGAUUUUAGGAAUAUUUUGUAUUAAAAAAAUCAACAAACUUUCGAGGCGGGAAGGUAGGGAGAAAGCCACUACUGGGGUAAGAACGUCUUACAUGCGCGUUGUAGGUAUUCAACUGGAUAGUGAAGGUUUGGGAGCAACAGGUUGCUCUGUAAUAUCUUCAGAAGAAGAAAGCACUUUCCGACGUUUAGCUGCCCUUCCAAACAUCUAUGAGAGAAUAGCGACGAGUAUUGCUCCUUCUAUUUAUGGAUCAGCUGAUAUCAAAAAAGCAAUUGCUUGCCUUCUUUUUGGUGGUUCUAGGAAGAGAUUGCCGGAUGGUUUGACAAGAAGAGGAGAUAUAAAUAUCUUGUUAUUGGGUGAUCCAGGUACUGCAAAAUCUCAACUACUAAAGUUUGUUGAAAAAGUUGCCCCUAUUGCUGUAUACACUUCAGGAAAGGGCAGUUCUGCGGCUGGUUUAACUGCAUCAGUUAUGAGAGAUCCUGCCACACGUAACUUUGUUAUGGAAGGAGGAGCAAUGGUUCUUGCCGAUGGUGGUGUUGUCUGUAUCGAUGAGUUCGACAAAAUGAGAGAAGAUGAUAGAGUAGCUAUUCACGAAGCCAUGGAACAACAAACCAUUUCUAUUGCUAAAGCAGGCAUCACGACUACUUUAAACUCAAGAUGCUCUGUACUUGCUGCUGCAAACAGUAUUUUUGGUCGGUGGGAUGAUACGAAGGGUGAAGAAAAUAUCGACUUUUUACCAACCAUUCUCUCACGUUUUGAUAUGAUUUUCAUUGUUAAAGAUGAACACGAUAAACAACGUGAUAUGACUCUUGCAAAGCAUAUUAUGGGCGUACAUAUGAGUGCAGGAGAAAUUACAAAAACUUCCAAAGAUGGAGAAAUGUCAUUGGAGUUCAUAAGGAAAUAUAUAAACUACUGUAGAACGCGUUGCGGUCCAAGACUAAAUCCAGAAGCAGCUGAAAAGCUUAAAAGGCGCUACGUCAUGAUGAGGUCUGGAGCCAGUCAACACGAGAAAGAAGCGGAUAAAAAAAGUUCAAUUCCGAUUACUGUGAGACAAUUGGAGGCUAUAAUUCGAAUCUCUGAAAGUUUGGCAAAAAUGCAGUUACAACCGUUUGUUACCGAGACUCAUGUGGAUGAAUCCCUUAGAUUGUUCCAAGUCUCUACGUUGGAUGCUGCAAUGAGUGGAAGUUUAGCUGGUGUUGAGGGUUUUACAACUGAGGAGGAACACGACAUGUUGGCUCGUAUUGAGAAACAGCUGAAGCGUCGGUUUGCGAUAGGAACGCGAGUAUCUCAACAGAAUAUUAUUCAAGAUUUUGUCCACCAACAAUAUCCAGAAAGAGCAGUAGUUAAAGUUAUUUACGCUUUGAUCAGACGCGGUCAGUUGCAGCAUUGUAUGCAGAGGAAGAUGUUAUACCGUAUUAGUUAAGACGAAACUGUUGAUAUGAUUUUUUCUUUAGUACAAUAUCUCAAUUACUAUGUAAGCUUUUUUACCGAAACAUUAUUUUUUUAAUCAUACAAAUACAUAAACGUCCUCUUUUA